GAUUCCAAUAAUCGGACCAGACAGUGUCUGGGUCGGAUCACUAAAACCCGGUGCACUUUGCAGCUCUAACUCUGGCAUUUUACUAAACGUUUAUAAUUUUUCCACUUUUGAGUUGUUUUUAUUUUCACAAAUGUUUUGGCAUAGCUUUUUAUCCCUCGCAGGGUGUGAAACUAUGAAAAAGUUUCUCAAAAAGUUGUUGUCCCCCUGUUUGUUUACAAAUUUUGUCGACCGCCAAAACAACAUAAAGUUAUGAGAAGUAGUUUCUUGCGAAAAGUUGCGUUCAUUUUUAGUGUAAAAAUUUGAAUUUUAAAUUGAUAUUUUUUAAGUUAAUUUAUUGACACGUAUUUAUAGAUAUUCAGUAUGUCAGGUGCUGCUAGGAAAACUGUGAAGGACUUUGGAUAUGGAUUUAAUGAGAACGGCCGUCUUCGUCAAUUAGACUCAAAAACCGGAGAACUUACUGACAAGCCCUUCCAAUUUAUAGACCAAUCGCAUUAUGAAGACCUAGGAGAUGCCAUAACCGACUAUGUUUAUGAAUUAAUGGAUCAAAAUGGCUUAACUCGCCAUUACUUCCCAGAAUCAGUUCCAAAAGACAAGGCAACUUUCAUCUUCAGCACAUUCAAGGAAGUUAAAGACAUCGACAAGUUGAUGGUCAUCAUCCACGGCAGUGGAGUUGUUCGUGCUGGUCAAUGGGCUCGUUCCUUAAUCAUUAAUGAUUCUUUAAAUUCUGGAACUGUUUUGCCGUAUGUCAAACUAGCACAAUCUAGAGGAUAUGAAGUCAUCAUAACCAACACCAAUGACAACUAUCGAGACAAUAAGGCAAUUGAAGGCAGUGGAAGUCCAGAAAAGCACGCAGAUUCUGUCUGGAAAAAAUUCAUUCAGCCAUCAAAUCCAAAAAAGAUUGCAAUUGUCGCACAUUCUUACGGUGGCGUCAUCACGACUCAUUUAGCAUCAAAGUUCAAUGACGAUUUUACCCAAAAAGUCUUUGCUGUUGCCUUUACUGACUCUGUGCAUGGAUCGAGAGGAAUUGAUCGACAUUUAGCUAAUGUUGGAGUUAAUUUUGUAACAUCAACAGCUGAGCUUAAUAAAGUUUUGUCAAAAUCUGAACGGGAUGUUGAGAGACGAUCAGCUGGAACUACAAAGCAUGAAAUGACGUCAUAUAAAUGUAUGGAAAAAUUGUUUGAAUUUGUUGAUGAGAAGGAAAUCAAAUUUAGUGGAACAAUAAAGAAGGAUGAAAUGUAACAAA